CUUAGACCUAGCCUGCAUGGGCACUGAUGAUAUGGGCCUGGGCUAGAAAAAAGAAGCGGAGGGACAACAACAGAGAGCUAGAGAGAGAGAGAGAGAGAGAGAUGAAGACUGGCUACAUAGCUACAGUACAGCCAGUAGAUAGAGGCUAAGUCAAACUCAAAGUGCAAUAUCCAGCCAGAUUCCAGGUGCAGGAUGGCUACACAAACAGCUACAGUUUUUAGUACUCUGGCCCAUGGAUGUGGCUCCUGGGAUGGUGAUUUGCAGAAAGAACUUGAUGAUGGAAUUGGAAAUAAGUCCAAGCUGCUGCCGAACAGAUCAAAUCUAGACGGUGAGUCGGAUGAUCAUCUGGAGAAACGGGUGCACAUUCCAAUCCGCAUCAAGUCCCAACUCUCUCAGAUCAAGAGCAUUCUUCGCGAGGCAUCCAAGAGAUACCCUGAACACUCCAAGGCAGCAGAACAAAGCUUGGCUGACAUCAUCAAACAGAAGACUGAAGGCACAGAGUAUUCUCAUCCGCAUGGCUUGAUGAAGUCUCGCCCUCGGACAGGUGUUAUCCGUGCCCACAAACAGCAGCACCGACCCGGCCUGGGGGUGGGGAUCAGGCCCCAUCGGUUUCAUCAGCGAGCAAAGAGUGCUCCAUCGUCUCGCCCUUCGUCCCAGAGUCAGAUCCUGUCGAAGAAGAAAAGUUCAGCGUUGCCAAAAACCCUGACGACCAGGAAGGGCGCCCUUAUGAUCUUCACAUCGCCCAAGAAUGUAGCGUACUCGGUACCGGAGCAGAAGUGUUAUUAUGUUGAUCCUGAGGCUGUGAACUUGGACGAGUGGGCAACCAAUCUACGGUCUUUCAAAAGAUUAACUAAUAGUGUCAUGCAAUAUGGCUCUGAGAUUGGAGAUGAUAUUGAGUCUCUGGCCUCGGACUACGACACGUCUUGCUUCAAGUUUCAACGGCAAGAAGAUGAUGAUGUUGGUGUGGAUUAUAGGAUUCAACCCGGUGGUGACUUUGUCUUCUACCUCAAAGACUUGAAGACCAAAGCAGCUGUAAGGAACGUUGUAUCAUCCCUGUCGUAUGGCUCUACACCGGUCCUAUAUGAGGAAGAGGAAGGAGAAGAUGUGCAUCAAAGACUUGAUGAGGAUGAGACUGACACAUGGCCACAGGAGGAUGACAGCGUGCCGCCCAAGAUGGAAUUCCUACAUCCAGUUGGAACAGAGCCAAGAAACCGAGCAUGGGGGAGUCGGGCAGAAACGGAGAGCUUGAGCAAUGGUGAUGCUCUACCGCAGAGCAAGACUGAGCAAGGCAAUGGUGGAGAAAGUAAUCUACGAUUUGCUACAAGGAGUUCCACUGCACAAUCUGUGAUGGCCAGACCUGAUACUGCAAGGUCAACCAGAUCAGUUACAAGCCUCAGGUCAGGCACGCCUCUGUCUCUCAGAGAUCUCACAGCAUCUUUGAAAUCUGGUGGAUACCUCGGCCGACCAGUGAGUGCCCCUUUCCCACCAUACUCCCCACAUCCGCGAACAGCAUCACUGCCAACGGAAGAAGAGGAGGAGACGGAGGAAGAUGAGGAGGAGGAAGAGGAGGAAGAGGCUGCUUCCGUGAUGUCACACUCGCGGCAAUCAUCCAGACCUCGUUCGAGCAGACCAAGCUCCAGGAGGACACAGGGCAGCGCAGAACCUGCGGAAGAUGCCAUUGAUGGGAGGAGCUCGAGGGGUACCAGGAGUAGGAAGUCAUCCGCAGGGAUGCGAUCCAGGCAUGGGAUGGAGGAUGAUGGUGUAGGUGAAGGGGAGGAUGAUGAUUGGCAGUCUGAAGAUCUUGCCGAGUUAGGGGUCGAUGACCUGGAGCCUGAUACUGCCUUACCUCUACAGGUUGAUGAUAUUGGUGGAGAUAUUGAUGUAGGUGGGCAAGUCUUUGCACAGGCUGCUGAUCCUAGGAGCCAAUCAAGAGCAUCCUCUAUCCCGCCCAGGAUGUACACCCCCCAGACCAGGUCCUCCCUGAGAUCUACCCCACCCCCUGAAGGUGACCAGUGGCCAGGGUUGGGGGGCAUCGGAGGGGAGGGAGAGGCGGUGCUAGCAAGGAGUAGGCCAUCCUCUGGUGUAGCACGAACAAGCUCGGCCAAAUCUAGACAGUCGAGCCGUAGCAGACCUGGUACCUCAGGUUCAGCCAGGUCUACUGGCCUAGGAGAAGAUAACAUUCAGGAGGAGAUAACGGGUCCUAGUCCUACAGAAGGAUUGCAACAACAUCCUGCUCAGCAUGGACAAGGUGAUGGAGACACUUUGCAACUUUUUGGUGAAGGAGUUGGUAUAGUCCAAGAAUCUGAGGAGAACACCAAGCCCUCAUCCGUCCCGUCGCGCCCUUCAACCAGUCACAGCCCUGCCCCGCCUCAACCCCUCAUAGAAGACUCCCCCAAGCCCCCUACCCCAAAGCCUAUGAUCAUCACCCCCAAGGUUGCCCCUCCGGUCGUACUCCACACCCCUACCCCACCCUCGGUCAGAGUGAAGUCUGCUGUAGGGAAGGUCAAGGUUGAAACAAAGACUGAGGAGAAGAAAAUGGCUAAGGUUGACUUGAGUGGAUUGCAGAGCAUGGUCUCCAAGAAACCGGCAGGAUCAUCCAUUCCUAAGCCUGAGAAGAGAAGUUCAAGCCCCAAGGCCAAGAAAGGAAGACGAGGGAAGAAGGGCGGUGGUUCAAGCCCCAGCAGGAAGUUUCAGGGUGUAGACUUCGUGGACAAUCCCCGGGGUAGUGCAUAUGAUGGACCCUCAGAAGAUGAGAUAGCUAAAAUGAUUCAGCAAGAGCUCGCUGAGCAACUAGCUGAAGCUAACAUCAAUCUAGAUGCUGAGGAGGAACCAAAGGAAGAAGAAAGAGAUCCCAACGACACUGAUCGCUUGUCUGUUGCUACGGACGACGAGGCGAUUGAACAAGAAAUCAAGAAACAGAGCAAGACAGAGAAUGAGGCAAAGAAGAACAAGAAACAACUGGCCAAGGAAAAGGCUGCCCUCAAGGAAGCUCGCAGACAAGAAAAACAGCGAAGAGAAGAAGAGAAGAAAGCAUUGGCAGAGAAGAAGAAAGCUGCAGUGGAAGCUAAGAGAAGACAAGAAUAUGAUGAAAGGAGAAAGAAAAUGGAGGUAGAGGAACAGCUUCGUGAUGCAGAAGAGGAGGCCAGACGAGCAGAGGAGGAGGAAGAAGAAGCAAGGCAGAUGCUUCAAGAAUCCAGGAGAGCUGCCAGGGAUGAUCGAGAAAGGAAGAGGAAGGAGGAGAUGGAAAAGAAGAAAAUAGAAAGGGAACGGCAGCGAGAGGAACGAAGGAAAAUGGAGGAAGCUGCCAGACAAAGAGAACGUGAGAUGGCAGAGCGCCUAGCAGAUGCCUCGGAGAGGAGACGCAUGAGAGAGGAGGCUGAGUGGGAGGCUGAGGAAAGAGAAAGGGAGGAAAGAGAGAGACGGGAACAAGAAGAAGAAGAAGAACAGAGGAAGAUGGAGGAAGAAGAAGAAAGGAUAAGGGAGUUGGAAAGACAGGCUGAACAGGAGGCAUUGGAGAGACUGUCUCGUGAACGAAGGGCAGCAGAGUCAAGAAGAAGAGAAGCAAGAGAAGAAGCAGAGAGACAGAAGGAGCAAGACGAGAUAAGGAUGAAAGAAGAGCUGAAGAGACUAGCGGAGGAGGAGGAGAAGGAUAGACAGCGGCAAAUUCUGGCUGAGAAAAAGAGGCAAGAAGAACUAGAGAAAUUAAGACAAAUUCAAGCAAUGGAGGAGGAGGCUCGUGCGCGAGUUCAGAAGAAGCUUGAGAGUCGACGCCUAUGGGCUUUGAGGCGUCGUGAGCGCAACAAUGAACAGCGAAGCCACAUGAACGGCAUGCGCUCCACACAGGGCAUGACACGCCCUUGGGUCUUCAGCUACUAUCUGCUCUGGCCGCGGGAGACGUACGAGAGGAGACUACCUUCCAAGGAGAAGAAGAAGGGAUUCAGACCCCGUCCCAAGCCUCCUGCACUCCCGCCCCCAGCCAGGUAAGGAGGAAAUGCCCGGCACAGGACCGGUCUCUAGCUAGUCAGCUAGUCACAACCGGUUCAGGACAGGUCACAACCGGUUCUGGAUGAGAGGGGAAAAGAGUUUGAUUUGCUGCAAUGCUAUACACAGGGAUGCCAGUUUUCAGGCUCUGGCAAGUUAUUUUCAGACCAUAUUUUAAGGCUUUUUUGUGUACCAAAUAGCUCAUUCUAAGUUAAUUUUCAGGCCCUCUGAUCUUUUCUAACUGGCAUCCCUGUAUACACUUCAAGGCAGGAUGAUUCAGAGAAAUCUGACCCUGCAUCCUUUCAAGAAUUUAGAGUUUAAUGGUUCAAAAAUGUGACGCUAAUAUUCUUUUCGUAAACAGUGCAUAUUUAUAUUUUAUUGACUGGGCUUGAGGGGUACAUCAGAAAUAUUGACCAAGCUAAGAUCAUCGUUGGAAACCUGGAAGAGGGCAAUAUGGCAAAUGUUGCCUGCUCUAGUUUCAUAUUCAGAGUAGCGUGCAAAAUACGACUUUUUAUUUUGCAGCUAAAAUGCCUUGUAUACUAGGUAAUACAUCAUGAUCAAAUUGGUCUUCAGAUAUUAAACAAGCAGUUUCAUUAAAUGUUUUUAACUCAAAAUCUAGGCACUUUAUUUUAGACAGGUAUUCAC